AGGGAAGUUUAAUCAAAAUAGACGUAAUACGCGCUGCUGCCGUGAUAUUGGUCUCUGGGACUUAAGCGAAACGCAUUUUUUUAUUUUGUAAAUGAGACAAAUUUUAUUACGCAGCUAGAUAACAAUAAAUCCAAAUAAGCGUGGUAUUGCAUCCCGACCGAAACCACAAAAGGUCAUCUCCUGUUAGCUUAGCUUGCUAGCUGCGACCCCGACGAUGUUGAUGUAGCGCCAAGAUGCUAAUAACCGAGAAUACUGUCGAUAAUUUGUGAACAAAUGACGUCGUCAUGAACCGAAAGCACAUGAGACUGGAGAGUCGACUGUGUGCAGCUGUGAAGAAUGGAGAACCAAGAUCUGUGGAGCUGCUUCUGUCCCAGGGUGCCAUCCCUGAUGUGGUGGGGACGAGGGGGGCAGCUGCAAUCCACUUGGCUGUGGGCAAAGAGACCGAGAAGAACCUUCGCUGUUUGAAACUGCUACUGCAAUAUGGAGCCGACCCAAAUGUGAGAUCAUCAGACGGCCUAACCCCCCUCCACAUCGCUGCGCUUUGGGGGUGUUAUCAAAACCUGAGGCUGCUCUUGACCAAUGGCGGCGACCCUAACAUAAAAGAUAACGACGGCAAUACUCCAGUGGCGCUGGCAGAGCAAGAGGACAAUAAAAAAUGUGCUCAGCUUCUUCAGGACUACGUGAUCAGCUCUGUGAGCAGAGAAGAAGAAGACUUGCCUCAUUUCAAAUACUCCGUAUAUUCCGACGACACAGACACGUCCGGCUAUCCUGAGUCUGACUACAGCUUCACUUCCUACGCCAUGGCAAGAGACCUCGGUGACGCCCCUUUAAGCAGCACAAGGCGGUCGUCAUUUUUCAACCUUUCCAACAUAAACGGGAGGCCUGUAUGCCAAAGAAUAUCGUCCGCCAGACCCUCUGAUGUGUACGCUGAAAAGCAACAUAAUCCACACUGGAACACUUCCUUACCCUGGGCGUCUGAAGGUGCCUCCCUGCUAUCAAGUACUCGCAUGUCUGUAGCGGAACCCCCAGUUCCAUUUCCCAAAGAUAACAACUGGAUUGCUACUGAUGAUGUGUUCUCUUCAGAGGAGAACAGACUCACUGCUCCAGCUGAUGGACAAAAGUCAGCCAGGGCUCUCCCUGCAUUCCCGUCCAGGCCAGCCAGUCGGAAGAGUGUCAGCUUCCGUGAUGAGGAUGAGUAUUUUCCGGUUUUUAGUCCCGAAUCUCCAAAGCAGACACCAGCUGUUGACACUAGCCAGGAUAACGGCAACCUAUCUUUCGACCUGUCCGAGUACCCUGACUUUCUCGAUGCAAAUCGUUUGGCGACUGUUUUACACACGCAUGGCAUCGAUGUCACCUCGCCAGAUCACGUCUUUGUUUUCUGCCGGGAGAAUAGCGAAAGCACAGACGAGGACUUGGAGAAAACUGUCCUCAGUCGGUGUGCUUUGGACAAGAGUGACUGUGAAAAGGUGGAAGAGGGUGUGAAAGAAGCUCAUGUGAACAUUCCAGAAGAGCCAGCACACCCCAGCGGGGCCAGCAGCAGCAGCGGAGGAAGCAGCAGUCAUUACAGCAGUUGCGAAAGCGACCAUUACACCAGCGCACUGGAUAUUCCCACGCACCCAAAACAACCGUCUCUAUCUGCUAGAGCUGAAAGUGAACCUCAGGUUGAUGAGGAUGAGGAGAACACGGCCGUGCUGAAGGCUUGCACUGAUCCUGGAACACUGACUUCCAGUGAAGAUCAGCCCCUGGAAAACAGCCCGUGUCGUCCAGCUGAAAGCCGAGAGCUUCCAUUCAGACUAAGUCCAUUUGUCACAGACAGGACACCGUCCAGGCAGAGCCGCUGCUUGCUGAGAACAAGCAGGAACCUAGACAGCCUCGGAAUGUCUUCCCUGUUUGAGGAGACUCUACCUACUCCGUUGAGAAUCCAACGCCCGACUCCCAGAUCUCAGAAGAGUAACAGCUCAUACAGUUCACCACGGGUACGAUGCUACACAGCACACAGUUCAGAGAGUAGCACCGGACCAGAGUCCGUGUCUGGGGACUACCCCAGCACUCAGUCCAGGACCUUCAGCGCAGGUUCAUGUGUGAGCUCGAGUCAAGCUGAUACGCUCAUCCUCACAAAGCCAGACGGCGACACGCUUGGCGGCUCGCAGACCUUUUUCGACACGGUUGUGUUGGAGGAAGAUGACCACUCCUCCACGGCUCUCUACGAAAGAAACCUGGCAGAGGUCAUCCACGCCAUCCAACAGCAAAAGCUCCAACUUUGCCAAGGCACGGAUGAUUCAACUGAUGAUGUGACAAGUUGGGAUGAGGCAGCAAAGAAGGCAAAUGAAGCCUCUGAUGAAGGUUGCCACCAAAAGGAAGAUGUCUGGAUCACGGAGGUCACUAGUUCUCAACCAGAAUCUGUUUCAUCCUCAUCCAGUUCUAGCUACUUUUCCCCAAGGAGGUCCAGGGAGGACUCCGACCUCCCAUGCACUCCGGGCACCGGAUGCACUCCCAGGUACAGCAUGAGCCGGCUAUCGACUCAGCGCCGCUCACAGCACCUGGCCAACCUGUCCUACACCCCUGGAGGCCGACCGCAUAUUGAGGAUGUUGAUGAACCGGUGGAGUACCUCUACACCGAUACGGAACAAGGCCACAAACUGAUUGAGACCCACAUUCCACCUACGGCUAACACCUCACUCAGUUCCAGCAUGAGCACCACAAGCAGCGAGGAGACCGUCCUCUAUGACUGGCGCGCCAUGCAGAUGAAGAGCAGAGACGGUAAGGAGAACCAGAAGCCACCCCAAAGCAAGAAAAGCAAAGAGGCUGAGCCCAGCGUCGUACUUGACACCGAAGGGAUGACGGACAAGGAGCUGAGACGUAGGCUUGUGGAGCUCGGGGAGAGUCCAGGCCCUAUUAGUCAGCGAACCAGGCCGGUCUACAUGCGGAAGCUGGUCUGCCUUUUGCAGCAGUCCAAUCCUAAAUCAUCACAGCUCCAAGAUGAAGUAGACAAGCCACAAACAGCAUGCCUAGGUUAUAGCCCAGAACUCAACCUGGCCCUGCAGACUUUCAAGGUUCCUGUCUGCCAGUUCGACGAGCAGGCUCUGUGCCAACAGUUUGACCAACCAGACCAGAACAGAAAGUGGAGAGAAGGCAUCAUCAAGUCCAGCUUCAACUACCUGCUGCUGGACCCAAGGGUGACAAAAAAUCUUCCGUUCCGGAGUCAAACCAUGACCCCACAGGAGUCCUUCCAGACAUUUGUCCGUGCUAUCUUUUAUGUGGGCAAAGGAAAACGCUCUCGCCCUUACAGCCAUCUCUAUGAGGCUCUGGAGUACUACAGCGGAGACAAGACUUCCAAGAAACUGUGCCCCAAAGUUCAGCAAAUUCUUCAAGUAUGGACGGCAGAGCAGGGGGUCAUCUCCCUGCAUUGCUUCCAGAACGUCAUUCCAGUGGAGGCUUACACAAGAGAGGCCUGCAUGGUGGAGGCCAUCGGGUUGAAGAUGCUCACUAACCUGAAGAAGGGUGACUUCUACGGCGUGGUGUCCAACUGGCAGCUGAAGAGAAAGCGUGAGCUGGGCGUCCACCUGCUCUACCGGGCCAUGCAGAUAUUUCUGGCUGAAGGUGAGAGACAGCUCCGACCGGCAGACAUCAGACAGUAAAACCAAAACCAUUUCAGACCCAAGUGCGAGCCUGAUGAUGCCAUGGACUUAUGGACGCUAAGCUUUAUGCUGGCCGCCACACGUUCAUUACAUGUCUUUGUUUUGCUGCCAACUAUGGAAUUCUGUAUGAAUAGUGCAUGGAAGUCUGCUUCCAGAUAACCUUUUCCUCCAAGGGGAUUGUUUGAUUCCAAAGUACUGCUUUCAUACUGAAAUAUCUCUGCAGCGUUAUUACCUUGGGGAGAGUAUCAUAACACAGAUUUCUAAUUGAAGUUCAAGUACACACAGGCAUUCUUUUGAUCAUAAUUAGUAAACAUGCAUAUGCAUGACUCCGCUUUGUAAAUCUCAAUCAUGCAGUAGCCUUGCUUCCACUCCCAUCAUUAGCCCAGUAUGGACAUAGACACGCACUCAAUUAGCAGUCGCUUGUUAGAAUGCUGCCCGCGCUGCCAACCGUUUCGCUAAUUAUCUACCACGGGCAAGGCCCUCAAACAAUUCAAGAGCAGAUGUUCUCAGCUUAUUCACGCAACAUGAAUACAAGCCGAAUUAGAGUACAAUUACUACACAACCUGGUCAUUAGCUCCAGGCGCCAACAUCGGCACCACCGGCUAAGCACGGGAUGAAUGAUUCAUUCAUGGCAGCAGUAUUGUUAUUAUACACGAUGCUCUUUCUUCAUGUUUCAUCAAUGAGGUCAACCUUGGUGAUGUGGACAUUAGACGCUAACUGCUACGUAGCAACAGACUUCAAAUAUGAAAUGAUUGUUUACAUGAUUUUACUUAUUUUUAAGCUGUAGGUUAGGGCUACGUCUAUGAACUGGACUAUUAUGCUAUUUCAAUGUGCUCUCCGUAUACUUAGAUAUACUUAUUACUUAUCACUUAUAUACUUACAUUGUUCUCAAGGUUUCUUUUUCCCUCAAAUGGGUUGUGAGUUUUUCCCUACCCGGAUGGGGGUUCAUAUCGGGAUGUCUGCUAUUGUCGUCUACUGUUGCCUGCUUGUAAAGUCCCUUGAGGCCUUUGGGAUUCAGGGCUAUGUAAAUAAACCUGACUUGG